AUGACUGAUGGAAAAGCGGUUAUCAAGAAUGCUGACAUGUCAGAGGAUAUGCAGCAGGAUGCCGUAGACUGCGCCACUCAGGCCCUCGAGAAAUUCAACAUUGAAAAGGACAUUGCCGCCUUUAUCAAAAAGGAAUUCGACAAAAAGUACAACCCCACUUGGCACGCGAUUUUUGGUCGCAACCUCGGCAGCUAUGUGACCCGUGAAACGAAACACUUCAUGUACUUCUACCUCGGACAAGUUGCAAUUUUGUUAUUCAAAUCCGGAUAA